AUGGAAGUGCUACUAAUUUGGAUCAUUCUAAUAUACAAUUUAUUGAAAUCAUCCGUAGGACAGAAUGAUUAUUUCUGGAUGUUAUAUACGGAAGAUUCAACGCAUAGUGAAUGCUUCAUGAGUGGAGAUCGUCGUUAUUGUCGUCCAAUGGUAGUAAACGAUAUAAGAGAAGCAUGCAGGAAUGGUCAUCUCCUGACCUUCGCCGAGCUUAAGAGAUCAAACGUGACAAGUGAGAACCUGAUCAAAUGGCUGAUUCCUCUCCAACGUAUCCAAUGGUAUACUGCUUAUUUGAAUUAUGAUGAAAAUAUUCCUGCAGCUGAAGCGAGCGUUUGCAAGUGCUCUGAGAAUCGAAUCGGCACGAAUUGCGAAUACAGUCUUAAUGUUGGAGCCAAAACUAUUAACGAUGUAUUAGUCAGACAAAUGGUUGGCUCCCACAAGAACAGUCACGAAACACUCACGACACUCGUGGAUGGAAUCACAUGCAUAGGUGCAAAUAUUUUUCUCGAGUGGCGACAUAUAUGUGACGGAUUUAUUCAAUGUCGGAAUGGAGCUGAUGAAAUCGAUUGUCAUUUAUUGGAAUUUCACAAGUGUGAAUCGGAUGAAUUUCAAUGUCGCAAUGGUAUGUGCAUUCCUAUCGAAUUUGCGUUUGAUGCUGCGCCUGACUGUAUGGAUUCGAGCGAUGAACAACAACUUGAUAAACUAUACAAACGAUACUAUGAUUGCUUGAGAGUAUCGACGUUUGAGUGUGAUGAUCGACUUUGCCGUAAAGAUCAAUUUUCAUGUGGAAACGGUGAAUGUGUUCCUUGGUCAACAGUUUUGGAUGGAAAAAAGGCAUGUCUAAACGCGCGUCAUCUAGCCUAUAUUUGUGAAGCGUUCAGUCGAAGUGAUAGUGCAUAUCUAGAACAAACUACCAUCUGCAAAGAAACAAUGAAACCUAUCUUUUUAACGGAAACGUCGGACUGCCUAGAAAGUUUGAGAUAUCUACUAAGGUCUUAUUCAGGUCACCUGCUGAGCGAACUUGCCAUUAAAAAUAUCGUAACUCGUUGUGAAGACCACAUCAUUUAUUCGAAGCAGAACGCCUUCUUUCCAGGUCUGACGAUUGUAUACAAUCGUUCUCAUGUUCAAGAAUUUUAUAGUAUACCAAGCAAUGCACAAAAAUUGAUACCACGGACGCCUGAUCUGUAUUACUUUAGUGGUGAUAUUAUAUGCGAUGGAGUGCUAUUUAAAAUAACUGAAAAAAUUUGGUUUAGUUUUCAGGACAUGCAAAAGCUCAUCUCUUACCCAUUCUUUCCACUCUUCCAUUUGAUAUGCGAAAGAGUGAUGAAUGAACUAUCUCGUACUAGCCGAGACUAUUUAUUAGCAUCAUCGUUUUAUCGCUGUAAAAAUACAUCGGACCGGAUAUCUCUGCGACGAAUUAAUGACGGAUACAUUGAUUGUCUCUACGGUGAUGAUGAACGAAAUUCUGCGUAUUCCGUGACUGAACCCUUUCGUUAUCGAUGUCAAACCGUAACAUUCCCGCCGCAAUACGUCAGCUAUGCACAAUUAGGUAACGGUGUAGAUAACUGUGUGGACGGUAGCGAUGAAAUAUCCAAAGAACUGCGUUGGUCAUCUUUCCAGUGUGAUUUGACUGACAGCUAUGCAUGUUGGGUCUUUCAAGGUGAUCGAUUCGGAGAAAACCGGAUGAAAGAUGCUCGAUUUAAUUUUCACCGUCAUUGUGAUACGAUUUGGGAUGUCAUGGACGGCCGAGAUGAAAUAGACUGUCUGUAUUGGAUAUGUGAUCCUGGUUUGUACAGAUGCAAUCGAACGGGACAGUGUAUCGAGUCGAAAUACUUCUGUGAUGGUGAAUUUGAUUGUAGUGACGGAGAAGAUGAGAUGAAUUGUUCUACACCAUCUAAACCGUGGAAGUUAGAAAUGGAAUGCAACAAGAGUGUCGAGUUUUUUUGCAUUACUGACAAUUAUGUUACAAAUCAAAGUUUGUAUCGUCCUUGUAUUCCUUGGAGUUGGGUGGGUAAUGGUCGUAUUGAUUGCAUUGGUGCUCGGGAUGAGCGUAACCGAUUUUCAUGUCCUGACCAUCGGAUGGUUGGUGAUCGGUUUUUAUGCGAUCAUGGAACAAAAUGCAUUCAUUACACAGCUGUAUGCAACGGAUUUAAAGACUGUGUGGAUGGAACAGAUGAAUCAAUUUGUUACUGGGAUAUUGGUUGGUGUCGCGCCGGGCAAUUUUCCUGUGCCGAUAGAAGAGGGUGCAAGAAUAUGAGGUGCAACCCUGAAAUGAGAUGCAAUGAUAGAUCCCAUCUCUUUUGGUGUCCAAAUGUAACCGAUGAAAACUAUAUUUAUCGCUCAACGAAAGAAAGAGUGAUGCUCAGCAAUAAACAGAGAUGUUACAAUCAGCCAGAAUCUCAAAUCGAACGUUCGCCAAGAUCAUUACUCACAAAACGUCCAGCUCCAGAAUCACCUAUGCUAUACUUCUAUUGUAAUAGGGGUUUUUAUCUGCGAUUAGUCGAUACUGCAGAGCCUCAUUGCUUUUGCCCACCUACAUUUUACGGCGAUCGUUGUCAAUUCAACAGUCGAAGAGUAGCCGUUCUUCUUCGCUUGGACAGAGCACAUCGCUCUGAUCUUCCAGUCGUUCUCAAUAUUCUCGUUAUGCUGCUUCUAAAUGGAAGUAUAAUAGGUAAUCAUCGAUUUUUUCUUGACGAACGCAAGGACUAUCCAUCCAAGACUUCUACUUAUUUAGUAUAUCCUCGUCCGAAACCUACAGGUAUAUAUUCCGUACGAAUUGAGGCCUAUCAUUCGACAGGACUGAUCCAUUUUUGGGAAUACGCCGUCACCCCAUUGGACUUCCUGCCUGUACUGCAUAUUUCUAAAGUACUUCGGUUUCCUGAGCGUUCACUUCCAUGGCUAUGUGGAUCUUUAUUCGCCGUUCUUCAAAUAUUAUGUCAAAUGUCUAACGAGACAGUUACCAAUGAACCAACUACCUUUAAUAACAUGCAAUUUGUCGGUACCCAUGUAUUGUCCAAUGAUGUAUUCAAUGAACAGAUCUAUUCGCUCAUUCAGCAAUUUCAACAACAGACUAUGGAAUCAUUUCUCGAUCUCUUUAAACAAAUCCAAACUUCUAUUCAACUGAAUCAGUUCAUCAUUCGAGGUCAAACUAACGCUGUGUUACGGUACACGGGCACUCCCUAUAAUAGAACUUGGUCUUUUGCAUCAGUCAAUACUUAUGAUAAUAAUUGUUCUUGUGGUCUAAGCGCUCUUUGUACACGACCUCAAGGAUUCUACUGCACAAUGGAUGGUUGUAAAUCAAAUACCAUUCGACCGAAUCAGACUAUUCCUGGCUUCGUUCUUAGUUGUCUACCGGUAGAUUCACUUCUUUUUUCGUCCCUUCAAUGUCUCUAUAAUGCAUCAUGUAUCCAAAUGCUCAUUCAGUGGAAAUCGUUCGGAACUGCAAACUCCACUAUCGAUCCACGUGUUAUCAACACUAUUCCACUUGAUAUUUCGGUAAACAGUCGUUUCGCACUUGAUGUUACAGUGAAUAAUAUUGCCUCACAGCUAUUUAUUGAGGAAUGGAUGAAUGCGACAAAUUACAGUUCUUAUUAUCAACAGUGUGCACCACAGAAAUGUACGUACACUUAUAUGCAGCGAUUCAAUCGUGCCUAUGUUAUUGCACGUUUACUUGGUAUCAUAGGUGGUCUUAGUGUUGCUCUUAGAAUUCUCACUCCUCUAGUUGUCAAAGUGAUUCGACGAACACAUCAUUUCUGUCGCACGUGUAGGGAUACCGAAGACGAUGUCACUGCAGAGAGAAGUAUGCGCCGUAAGUUAUCAGCUGUGGCUGCUCAACUUCGAUAUUCAGUCCAGAAAAUGAACUUCUAUCAGGAGCGACUCAAACAUCAUCCAUCUCAAGAAUUAUCAGCCGUCGAUCAAAUGAGACUUAACCAUCGCCUACAAACAGCUUCUCGUGUCUAUGUCAUUUCCUUUGUCAUAACAUUUAUGAAUUUAACAGCUUUCACUGCCUUCACUCCCCAAACACAUGUAACUGAAGUAUCAUCUCCAACACAAUCAACAUUCGAUUCUCUUCGAGAACAAUAUUCAUUGUCGCUCACAUGUCCAUGUUCACAAGUAUCCAUUUCGAAUUCUGAGUUUCUUUUCAUACAACCAACCGCAUACCAUCAAGUAUGCUCUAGUUAUUUUGUUUCUUCGGAUUUUAUCAAUUCCAUCUGGGUUUCGGAUGCGUCAUCCACAUUUAUUUUGUUCAAUGACGGAAAAAUCAUCAGUUCACAAUUUCGUCUUCUUUCAUUGUUAUGUUCGUUGGCAAAGAAUAUUACUGAACAACAAAUGAACGUAUUCCUCGCCCAAAAAUUGGUAACGCUCGAGACGCUUACAUGGCAAUCGUUUCAGACUCGAAUCGAUUCGCUUGUGAAUAAUUUCAUCAACGAAACGCCAGCUCGCUUUCAACAACUUCAUGUAUACAUCAACGAUAUUCUGCAUGCUAAUCAAUUACACAAUCUAUUCUUUACCAAUUGGAAUUUGAAAGAGUCAUCCGCGAAAGAUGGAUAUUAUAUGUUGACAAAUGCAAUAUUAUACAAUGAAACUGGUCAGCCGUGCUCAUGUGAUGUUUCACCCACAUGUUCGCGAUCUGUACUCGUCAAUGGGAAGAAAAAAGAGAAUUUCACAGGUUUAGUAUGCGGCUGCCUACCUAUAUAUGGCCUUCGACAAUCAACUCUCGAAUGUUUCUAUGAUAUGACAUGUUUGAAUAGAUUAUUUUCGUUCAUUAGCACUGCGGCUAUUGCAGUACCUUUGAAUCUGUCGAUUAGCACUCGCUUUACACCGAUCGCAUCGGUUCCGAUUGGUACAUUAAUUGACGAAUUGUUCAUCGAGUCGUGGUCCAAUACGAGUAACUAUUCAAGUUAUUUCUCACGAUGUGCACCGCUAACAUGCCGAUAUACGCACGUGGAUCAAAUCAAUCUUGUGUAUAUGAUAACAACAUUUUUGGGUUUUUAUGGUGGAUUGACAAUCGGUCUGAAGUCUAUUGUUUGGUGUAGUUUAUCUUUGUAUUGGAAAGCACAACAUUGGUUUGUCGUUCGUCGAAGUGCUGUCGAGCCAGCGCACGGUUCUAUAUGGAGAAUAUCCUGA